CUGUUUCCACACUCGCUUUUCUAAAACGGCAAGCCCAGAGUCCCCUGUCUCUUUGAGGACCUGAAAUGCCUUUGCUCGGCGGAACCCUCGUCCUUCCAGAGAGGCAGGACCGCUUGGAUUGGUGAGAGCGAACAAGGAGGGCGGCAACGCCAAGAGCUCCUCCCGAAUCCCGCCCCCUCGUUCCGGCGCUGGGUGCCCGGGUGCUGAGCGGCUCCAGAGCGGCUGGGGGCAGAGGGCCGCCCGCUUCCGCCCCGCGCACACGCGGCCUGGGCAGAAGCACGUCCCACCUGGGGACCCCCUUUCUUUCUGGGCUCCGGCGCUUCCGCCUCCGGGGCGGAGACUCCUCCCCUCUCCGUCCCAGUCGCCUUCCCGGGGAGAGCGGCCCGAACAGCCUCCGCCCGCCGGCCCCCUCCCGCAGCCCGGCCGCCCCGGCCCGCGCGGCUUCAGCACCGCGGACAGCGCCCCGCCCGCGGCAUGGCCCUGCGCUCCGGCCCCGCCGCGCUGCUGCUCGGCUGCGGCCUCCUCGGGCUGCGCGCAGGCGUCCGGGGUACUGACACGGAGGAGCGGCUAGUGGAGCACCUCCUAGAUCCUUCCCGGUACAACAAGCUCAUUCGCCCAGCCACCAAUGGCUCUGAGCUGGUGACCGUACAGCUCAUGGUGUCGCUGGCCCAGCUCAUUAGUGUGCAUGAGCGGGAACAGAUCAUGACCACCAAUGUCUGGCUGACCCAGGAAUGGGAAGAUUAUCGCCUCACCUGGAAGCCUGAGGAGUUCGACAACAUGAAGAAGGUUCGGCUCCCUUCCAAGCACAUCUGGCUGCCGGAUGUGGUCCUAUACAACAACGCUGACGGCAUGUACGAGGUGUCCUUCUAUUCCAACGCCGUGGUCUCCUACGACGGCAGCAUCUUCUGGCUGCCGCCCGCCAUCUACAAGAGCGCCUGCAAGAUCGAGGUGAAGCACUUCCCCUUCGACCAGCAGAACUGCACCAUGAAGUUCCGCUCGUGGACCUACGACCGCACGGAGAUCGACUUGGUGCUCAAGAUCGACUUGGUGCUCAAGAGUGACGUGGCCAGCCUGGACGACUUCACGCCCAGUGGCGAGUGGGACAUCGUGGCGCUGCCGGGCCGGCGCAACGAGAACCCGGACGACUCCACCUACGUGGACAUCACGUACGACUUCAUCAUCCGGCGCAAGCCCCUCUUCUACACCAUCAACCUCAUCAUCCCCUGCGUGCUCAUCACCUCGCUGGCCAUCCUCGUCUUCUACCUGCCGUCCGACUGCGGCGAGAAGAUGACGCUGUGCAUCUCCGUGCUGCUGGCGCUCACCGUCUUCCUGCUGCUCAUCUCCAAGAUCGUGCCGCCCACCUCGCUGGACGUGCCGCUGGUGGGCAAGUACCUCAUGUUCACCAUGGUGCUGGUCACCUUCUCCAUCGUCACCAGCGUGUGCGUGCUCAACGUGCACCACCGCUCGCCCACCACGCACACCAUGGCGCCCUGGGUCAAGGUCGUGUUCCUGGAGAAGCUGCCCGCGCUGCUCUUCAUGCAGCAGCCGCGCCACCGCUGCGCCCGCCAGCGCCUGCGCCUGCGGCGGCGCCAGCGCGAGCGCGAGGCGGGCGCCCUCCUCUUCCGAGAAGCCCCCGGGGAGCCGACGGGCCCGGCGCAAGGCUGCGGGCUCCGCGCGGCGGUGGACGGCGUGCGCUUCAUCGCGGACCACGUGCGCAGCGAGGACGACGACCAGAGCGUGAGCGAGGACUGGAAGUACGUCGCCAUGGUGAUCGACCGUCUCUUCCUGUGGAUCUUCGUCUUUGUCUGUGUUUCUGGCACCAUUGGCAUGUUCCUGCAGCCUCUCUUCCAGAACUUCGCCACCGCCGCCUUCCUGCACGCGGACCGCUCGGCGCCCAGCUCCAAGUGAGGCCCUCCCCGGCCCGCGCUCCUUCGCCCGUGCCCUCUGUUGCCAGUAGUUGGGGCGGAGGUGGGACAAGUGAGCUGGGGGCGGGGGCGGAGGGGGGGGGGGAGGCUG